UUCAGCUGGUUUCAGUGGCGUACUGUGUAGUCAGCUACAACCUUGUGCCCGUGGUUUUGCUGAAAUAUUUGUGUGCUAUUCUCCAGACUGUAGAACUGAAGUCAUGGACCAGGAGCCAACAAUGUGGAUAAAAAAAGAGGGAACAGAUGAAAUAAAAGCUGAGUUAUGUUUCAUGGCCCAAGUUUACCCAUUCAGCAUGAAUGUUAAAGAAGAGUUGGAGGAGAGUGCGAAUAAAGAGACUGUUAAAGAUCCGUUGGGAAUAUCUUGGCCCACUGAUUUUAUCAAGGAGGAUCCCGAAUUAAAUUUGGAAAUGAAUGUAACUGAGAAUAUUGUGGAAACCUCAACAAGAUACACACAUGAUAGUGCAAGAUUGACUCAGAGUACUGGUGGGAGCUGCGGCACAGCACGUGAAGAAACUUGUCACCAUAGACUGGUCAAGGAUGAGUUGGUGACAGACAUGGAGAAGUCAACACACGAGUUUGGUACCAAUACAGAUGAUGUGACUAUUGAUAAGGAAUGCUCAGUUGCCACCCAAUAUGACUGUGCUACGAGGGAAAAGGAAUUACAUGUAUAUAUUUGUAAUUUCUGCCAACAAAGCUUUCCUUCAAAAUACAGACUCACAAUGCAUGUGUUUAUGCACAUUGAUGGCACUCAACCACCUUUGUAUGUUUGUAAGUGGUGUGGUGAGGUAUUACACAGUGAUGUUAGUUUGAAAAAACAUUUGAAAAUGAAAGACAAUGAGCAGCCUUCAUAUAAGGAAACUAGGAAAGCUUCAAAGAAGUCCUCUGACAUGUGUAACACACAAACUGCAAAUUUUGCAGAGAAAACAAGUGAUUAUGGAAUUUCAUCUACAGCUGUUAAUAUCAGUGCCCAGGCUGAUCUACCUACUGCAAAAAGAACCAACAAAUGUGAUAUUUGUGGCAAAUUGUUCACUAGGUCAGGUGAUCUCAAGAGACAUGUAUUCAUACACAGCAGGAAAAGACCGCACAAAUGUGACAUACGUGACAAAUCGUAUGCCCAGUCAGUUCGUCUCAAGACACGGAUAUUAAUUCGCACUGGGAGGAAACCUCACAAACAUGAGAUUUCUGGGAAAUCUUAUGCUAGGGAUCUCAAAACACAAUCAUUAAUUCACACCGGAAAGAAACCCCACAAAUGCGAUAUUUGUGGGAAAUCUUUUACUAUGGCAGGGAAUCUCAACAAACACAAAUUUAUUCAUACUGGAAAGAAACCUCAUAAAUGUGAGAUUUGUAUGAAAUCUUUUGCUAGGUCAGACGAUCUCAAGAAACAUGCAUUCACGCACACCGGGGUAAGACCUCACAAAUGUGAUAUUUGUGGGAAAUCGUUUGCUUUCUCAAGCGACCUCAACAGACAUGUAUUAAUUCACACAGGAAAGAAACCUCACAAAUGUGACAUAUGUGGGAAAUGUUUUGCUGCGUUAAGCAAUCUCAAGGUACAUACGUUAAUUCACACUGGGAAGCAACCCCGCAAAUGCGAUAUCUGUGGGAAAUCUUUUGCUACGGCAGGCAGUCUCAAGACACACUCCAUAAUUCACUCUGGAAAGAAACCUCACAAAUGUGAAAUUUGUGGGAAGUGUUUUACUGUGUCAAGCAAUCUCAAGACACAUCUAUUAAUUCACACUGGGAAGAAACCCCACAACUGCGAUAUUUGUGGGAAAUCUUUUUCUACGGCAGGCAGUCUCAAGACACACUCCAUAAUUCACUCUGGAGAGAAACCUCACAAAUGUGAGAUUUGUGGGAAGUGUUUUAAUGUGUUAAGCAAUCUCAAGACACAUUUAUUAAUUCACACUGGGAAGAAACCCCACAAAUGCGAUAUUUGUGGGAAAUCUUUUCCUACUGCAGGCAGUCUCAAGACACACUCACUAAUUCACUCUGGAAAUAAACCUCACAAAUGUGAGAUUUGUGGGAGAUGUUUUACUGUAUCAAGCAAUCUCAAGACACAUGUAUUAAUUCACACUGGGAAGAAACCUCACAAAUGCGAUAUUUGUGGGAAAUCUUUUACCAGGGCAGGCAGUCUGAAGAAACACUCACUAAUUCACACUGGAAAGAAACCUAACAAAUGUGAGUUGUGACAAGUCAUUUGCUAGAUCAGGCGAUCUCAGGACACAUGCAGUAGAACACAUUGGAAUGGGACCUCCCAAAUAUCAUAUGUGACAAGUUUCACUGAAUUGGGUACUCUCAAGACACAAGCAUUACUUCACAUCAUAAAGAAACUACAAGUAAGUGUUAGUUUAUACAAAUAGGUUUUCCUGGGUGGUGCCAUCAAGGCCUUUAAAAUAAUGGAUCUAGCAGAGGAACAAUAAGUUGUCACACCUGUGAAAUAACAUUAAAAUGUGGCAGAACUGUAAAACAAAAACGUGCAAUAAUGUGUAGUACAGAGUGGUAGCAGGUAAUGUGACAAUAUAAAAAUCCAAAUCUGCAGCUUGAGAUGUCGAGAAAUUGUAUUGCUAAAUAAACGAGAAACAUAAA